CCUUCGCGGGGCUGGGCCUGCCCGUGCCCUGCCCUCCGGGGGAGAGGGGCAGGUUUGCACUUCAAGGGGGUUUCCCCGGCCCCCCAGACACGCUGGAGCCAGGGCCUUGUAGACAUUUGCCAGACGUGUGAACUUUCCUCCUCGCUGGCAGCUGUUAUCUCUGCGCGAUUCCCACUUUGAUGUGGCUUCACACUUGCAAAGGAGCCCGCUCGGGACUGGAGCGCCUGUAUAAGAGGUGAUCGAGGCCGGCAGCCCCAGCCCCUCUCCGCCAUGAGCCAGGCCGAGUUUCCCCUGGCAGAACCCAAAUCCCACGGGGUGCGGCCCCACAUCUGCUGCGUUCCCCCUCCCCGCGCCCCCACCUCGCUGGGCCGCGGCCGCAAUCCCCUCCUGGCCAGGGCCGAGCCCCGACGGGGGCGUCCGCGGCCGGAACAGCCCGAGCCCUGCGCCGAGCGGCCGAGCAGGACCAGCCCCCAGGAGCCCAGCGAGCAGUGCGCGUCGGAGCCAGCCCCCGACGGCGGCUGGCUGAGCGCAGACGAGUCCUCGGGCUACGAGAGCGAGAGCGCGGGCGGGGAGCGCUCGGAAGCGGAGGCGCAGUGCGGGAGACGCGGGCGGCAGCGGCGGGCGCGGACCGCCUUCAACUCGGAGCAGGUGUGCCGGCUGGAGAAGACCUUCCAGCGCCAAAAGUACCUGGGAGCCUCGGAGCGGAGGAAGCUGGCGGCCGCCCUGCAGCUCUCGGAGGUCCAGAUCAAGACCUGGUUUCAGAAUAGGAGGAUGAAACUGAAGAGGCAAAUCCAGGACCAACAGCACAGCCUCGUGUCUCCUGCUCCACUCUACAGCUUCCCCCCGGGCACCACCCUGCCAGCCCUCCUUCCCGAUGAAGGCUUUCCGUUGUCUUUCCACUAUCCCUUUGCUCCACAGCACCAGAGACUCCUGCCUCUCCCCCCCGUGCCUGCUGUGCAGCUCAGCUUCUUCCCCAGAUACGGUGCUUUGCAAAGCCCCUACUCCUUCAUGGCAAAUGAGCUGUCGUGCUACCAUCAACACUUGCUUCCUCCUCAUUCUUCUUUCCAUCCAGUUAUUCAGAAUAAAAUGGACAAUAAAUGCCAUCCCGUGUAUGCCUGAUAGUGAAAACAAAACAUGGCAGGCAUAGGGGAAAAAUGAAGUAUGGUAUAAUGUAUUGUUUUCUGCUCAGAUUGAUUUUUCUUUUGUCUAAUUUGUAAUUGUAUAUGUUUAUUUUUUUAAGUGUAAAGAGUAAUAAUUUUAUAUUUGUACUAGCUAGUAUUAAAACUUAUUGG